UGUUCAGCACCCUCAUGGAAUUGGCGGGCAGUCCCAGCGAGACGGACGAACCCCAUCCCGUGGGCUCCGAUGUCCGCGCCUUGGCGUGCGCUUGUCUACUUAGCUUUGUCGUGGCUCUGGGCGACACGGGCAAACUACUGCAAGCCACCGCCGCCACCCUCAUGUCUCCGAAAGGAUUUGAAAAGAUCGUCAUGCCCGGGAUCCUAGUCAGCCUACAACGCUCGGUACUCAGCGUCAUGUUGGGCCAGAAACGUCAUCCCAACUUCCUGACCGGCGGCGUUCUCAAGUCCUCCGUGCUCGAUUCAUUCCCUGUUCACUUUGGUGGCCGGUUGCCCAGCUUUGUGUACGGCAUGGCCUCGGACGGGUCGUUCUUGUACCUUCAUACGUGCCAAGGCCUUUUCAAAGUUGGGAGUGGAUAUGGGGGCACCGUUAAGGGUCGCGUGUACCUGUAUCAAUCGGAUUUCGAGGCGCGCCCUGGCUGGCUUCUCCAUGCCCAAGGCCAUCUCUAUUUCAAAGUCAAAUCCCACGAACCCGAGGAAGACGGGAGUCAAGUGGAAAUGGACGACGACUUCAAGUACGAGCUGUAUCGCAUUGAUUGUGAGACGCUACUCAUAAUAGACGUAAUCACGGUCAAGGACGCCAGUUUUGAGGCCUCCCCUCAUGUGUUGUUUUCCGAUGGAACGCAUUUAGGUGUCGUGUCCCUCACCAGUAACGAUAACUUCGUGAUCAAAUUCCUCAAUGUGGGCACGAACCCCAUGACUUGUGUGCAAGAGACUCCAUUAAAGCUAGCCAGAAAAUGCGUCAGUGUGUACGGAGCAUCAGCCUUUGAUGAAAGCUCUAAGGAGCAUCAACUGGAGUUUGGUUCCCCCUCGGACGAAGUCAUGGAUAUCCAGUCCGGCAAAGAGUUCAGCCUCUUGUUUUCCAGCCAAGGCAAAGUCUACUACACAGGCAAGUCCAGUGCCAUGGGUCAUAAGCAGAAUGGUCCGCCGGGCCAAUGGCAAGAGUUGACAAUUUCUCGAACGCCACAAAUCACUCAAAUCGCCAUUGGGCAUGAUGGACAGCAUGCCCUCAUCCUCACCGAAGAUGGGAACGUCUAUUUCACGGGCACCGCGCGUCGUGGAGAAGAUGGUGAUCAAACUAAAAACCGUCGUCAGCCCAAAUCAUUCAAACCGAAGCGGAUUGAGCGCUUGGACGGCAUCCGAAUGGUGCAAGUGGCUUGCAACAACGGGACCUCGGCCAUGAUCAGUCGGGAAGGCGAGCUAUUUGUUUUCGGCAAAGACUCUUCUCACGCAGAUUACAGCACGGGCCUGGUGGGCGAUCUAAAGAAUGUGGUGGUCACGCAGGUGGCCAUUGGUAAAGCUCAUCUAGUGGUUCUGAGUAAAUCUGGCGAAGUCUACACCUUUGGCAUGAACAACAAAGGCCAGUGUGGACGUGACUUUCCAUCCAGUAGCAAAGACGGCAUCACCGCCGCCGCUGCAGCCAACAAUGCUUUUAAUAAUGCCACGGCGGCUGGAGGAGCGGCAGCGGCUGGAGGAGCUUCCAAUGGAGCCACCGCUGUGAUAUCCACUGAUCUGGACGAUCCAGCCAGUGAUCCCGACUUAGAGACUGAUCAAAGAGCCGGGGAUUUGUUUUCCAUUUGCCCGGCGGACCAACACAAGUGGAAACACGACCAAUGCAUGGUGUGCGUAGUGUGUGGUGAAUGCACGGGCUAUGGGUCCAGUUGUGUCUCAUCAGGCCGACCAGACAGGAACGCGGGCAUGUUAUGUGGGUGCGGGUCCGGUGAUUCGGGAUGUGCAGAGUGCGGUAUCUGUCGCACUUGCUCGGGUGAGGAACUGGCCCUAGGAGGCGUUCUUGCCCCGCAACUGAACGAGAUUGCUGAGGCAAGAAUGGCUCCGCGAGCCGCCGAGGGUCUCGUGGACGAUUUCCUUCGAGUUCGAGAACUGAGUCAGUUCUUGGAAAUGAACUACAUGCAAGGCGGCGAAUUCAAGGACAUGAACGUUCAGCCCAUCCAUCACAAUGAUCUCCGGAGAUUGAAGCUAUUUCGUCGUCAGAGCCAGAAGAUGCUAAGUGGGGGCCGAAGAAGUCGACGAUAUGCCGAAAGAGACAAGAAAGAUGGUCAAGCGCGGUUGGACGAUAUGAUGGCCCUAAAAGUGAAUGAGAGUCGCAAUAAAGAGCAAAACCCCAAUUCGGCUGGAACUUCGGACGUAGAGAAAGAGGCCGGCAAGCUAGCAUCACUCCCUCCGGCCAAAGUGUCUUUACCGUCGAGAGUCAAGAUUGUCCAAAUCAGUUGCGGUCUUCAUCACACUCUACUGCUCUCAAGCAACGGAGACGUAUUUGCUUUUGGUAGCAACACGCACGGUCAGCUUGGCGUUGGCGAUUUUAUUCCCAGAGGAAAACCCACCAAGCUAAUUCUGCCCACGAAAAUCGCCCAAGUGACUGCCGGUGGAUAUCAUUCGGUGCUGCUCUCCACAAGUGGAGAAGUCUUGACGUUUGGACUGCAUCAGAAAGGCCAGCUCGGCCGAAGUGGACCGGUCGUGGGUGAAGUUCAAGCCCUCUCGAGUGAGGGCAUGGCCGCCCAAGAGCUUUGGUUCGCCCAUCCAGAAUUUGUGCCCAAUAUUGGCUCUAAAUUUGGUCGCACUGCCACUUGGGUCGGGGCGUCUGACUAUCAGACGUUCAUCAAGAUUGACGAAAGUCUGAUCAAUGCCAAAAGCCUGUUGGGCUCCACGGUCUUGGCCGACGAACGAUGUCUACUAUUAGUGCCCAAUCAUAGUGACCAAAUGACCACCUUCAAUUCGCUCUCCAUCAACAAGUCCGAUGGGUUUUGUCGCAGUUUUGAAGGACCCGAGCAGGAAAGCUUCAAGAAUCGUUGCUCCAGUUUGGAUCCUCAAUAUCACACCUUGUGGGCCUACGAUCACGAUUCCUUCAUGAUCAAGAGUUAUCUACCCGCCAUGAGUGACUACAGUGCGAGAAUGGCGGGAGAAGAGCCCACCAAAACUGCCACUAUUAUCUCGCCAGAAUUGGCAUUGCCCAUGAAUUCAGAAGGCUUUGUGUCUCGGAAUCACGCCUCGUUGAAUAUCCUGAGCUGUUUGGAUGUCUUGAAUCAGUUCCCAGAUGUCAAUUUAAGCGCUUUAGAUGACGAGACGCAGAAGCCGUCUUCCUUGAAGUCUUUGGGCAAAGACGACUUCCUCUCGGUCAAUCGCUUUGAUUCCCAUGGUGGGGGAUGGGGUUACUCUGGGCAUUCCAUCGAGGCCAUUCGAUUCAUGGCCGACACCGAUAUUCUCAUCGGUGGCUAUGGGCUGUUUGGAGGUCGGGGGGAGUACAUCGGUAAGAUCAAGCUCUUUGAUAUUGGCAUGGAAGGAGGCGAGUUGGAAACGGACGGGGAACUGAUCGGUGAGACCGAAGAGAUCACCUACGAGUGCGGAUCGCGACAAAAGUAUCCCAUCCUCUUUGAUGAGCCCAUUCCAAUUCAGGCAGGCCGGUGGUACAUUGCCUGGGCUCGAGUGUCCGGUCCGUCAAGUGAUUGUGGUUCUUUGGGUCAAAGUCAAAUCACCACCGAAGAGCAAAUCCAGUUCACUUUCAAGUCUUCCCGAAAGUCCAACAACGGGACUGACGUGAACGCCGGCCAAGUGCCCCAGCUGAUUUACAAGGUCAUGUCCAAUGAAUCUCAGUCCUUGAACCAACGCAUGGAGAACUUGGAUCCCAUUUGUGUGCUCAGCCAGAAGUUUGCCCGAUCGGUCACGCCCGAGUGCUUCCAAUCCCUGCUGAACCUUAUCCAGUGGUCUUGGAAUGCGUUCAAAAGCGAAAUGUGCGAACUUCUUGAGGCCGACGAGGAUGCCAGUCAAGCCAUCAUCCUGGAUCUCGAGCGACUUGUGUUCAUUUGUCGCGCCUGUCUCCGACUCAUUGUCACUUUCACUCACGAAGUGUAUCCGGUCAGAAUUCUUCCUAAUGGUCCCCGACCCGUCCCAGAGAGUCAGAAAUUAGCCGAAUCCGUGUAUGAAACCAAAAACAUUUUGCAAUCGAUUCUCCGGGACAAUCUCCCUGGUUUGGAGAAGGUCAGCCAAAUCUUACUCUCGUCGUCAUCUCAGUUGAAAUCUUGUCAGAAAAUGACUAAUAUCGUGUUGUCAGAUGCUCACCGAACGUUUGUGGCUUGCUUCCAUUCGUUUUUCCCCACCGGUUAUUUGAAGUGGGCCUGUCUCUGCAAUCUUCUGGCCUCUAUUGAAGGCUCCUCAUCAAGUCAUCAGGGUCUGGCUCAUGAUCGCCUUCUGGCAGCUGUUUUGGAUGCACUUUGCAGUCCCAUGGUCAAGCUCAGAAAUACAUUUCCUAUCACUUAUAGUCCAGAAACGGAGACUCGGUGCAAAAACUUGUCACCCACGGAGAACUUGUCCGUGACGGCCUCCAUGAUCCAGGCAGGCGAUAGCCAAUCUCAUCGGUUUCCAAUCCUCAACGAACUCAUGAAUUAUCAGAGCCAUCUGGACGGUGUCAAGUUUGCCUCUUGGUCGUUUCGCGAGGUCUUGGAUCGUCUUUUGGCAAUUGUCUCAUUGCCGGUGAAACAGGCUUUGAGAGGUGAACCCAUCGGAUUCUCCAGGCAACUGGAGGAGAAGUCUGGCCAGGUAAUUUCGGCCGUCAUUGCGGAGUUGGCCAACCAGACGAUUUCUAGCGAGGACGAUAUUCAGAACUUAGGUGGGAAAAUUCUAAGUGCCACCCCAAACAGGUUCAUUCGGACCAGCAAUACUCGAAUGUGGAACACUGGAAAUGGCUCGCCUGAUGCAAUUUGCUUUUCAGUGGACAAGCCAGGGAUUUUCAUCAUGGGUUGUUGUGUGUUUGGGGGAACUGGAUCUUACACCUAUGAACUGGAAUUGCUGUAUGAUCAAACGGCCAAUGAGAAGGAAGCCAAUCGACAGUCCCAAUCCCAACGAUGGCACUCGUUGGAAAUUUCUCAAGGAAUUUACAGUUCCGACGAGUGCGCCACGGAAACAGAUCUGAUCGAGAUCAAGUUCGAACGAGCUGUGCCCAUCAAACCAAAUACAAAGUACGCCCUACGGCUUCGAAAUCACGGGGGUCGCACCAACAACGGCGACGGUGGCGUGUCUUCGGUCAAGGGCCCAGAUGGAACCACAUUCGUGUUUUCAUCCUGUUCCCUGAGUUUCAAUGGUACGAAUCCGACACGAGGUCAGCUCCCUCAAAUCCUGUAUUUUAGCUCGCCGCAAGAAAAUGACGUACAAUCGUCCACCAAAUCCAUGGCCGAGCUAUAUUCCCGACGAACGGCCUUGUCCAUGAUUUCGACCAUCGUCAAGACCAUCACCAAUCUAUUGGUGACGGCCAGAGAUUCGAUCGACGAGAAAGGUCUGGACAUUCUCAACUCGGCGCCUGUGAUCAACAAACUGAUGCCUCAUGUAUUUGCCAGUGUUACAAACUUGGUCCGAUCGGAUCCACCGUGUGCCGUUCAAGUGCUCAGCUAUAUUCAAGACAUGCUGCCCUCGGUGUCGGCAUUAAACAAUUUAGUAGCCUUGAAUUCAGACUCUGAAGAUUCUGCAACCGUGGAUGGAGUUCAUUCACGUAAACUAGAUCUGAGCCAUCCUCGAUAUGCGUGGGUAGAGAGUGAACACCCCUACAAGACGGCCACAGUGAGCAACAACCGCGUGGUCUUUCCCAAAUCAGUCCAAUGGAUGUCGGUGGAAUUCGACCCCCAAUGUGCGACCUCUCAACCCGAAGACACGCUCCAAAUUUACAUUCAGAACCCCAAUUCCUCUUUGGGAACGUCUUCUUCCGGUCCCACCAAUGCCAACGAGAGUCAGUCAUUAAUUGUGCAGCAAAAGUAUAUCCCAGUGUUGAAAAAGUUCAGUGGGAUGUCCGGUUGGCCUUGCCAGGCGGUCAUCUUACCUGGAAACGAGAUCAUGUUCUCACUGGAAACGGCUUCCGACUACGUGAAAGACGAAAAGAAGAUCAACCAGUUCGGCUACAAGUGCCUCGUGGUAGGCUACGAGGCCUUGAAUCAACGCGAAAAUGGUCUUCAUAACCUCGAAUGGGAACUGGCCUAUCUAGGAGGCCUCUGUGCUGCAUCCCUAAUGCAGAAGAACAUUCCCUUGAACGUGUCAGAAGAUGCAGCCGAUGAAGAUAUGGAAGUGAUCGAGGAAGCCGCCGUGGAUGCGUUUGAGAUGCAUCCCGUCAUCCUGAGUAAAGGCUUCGCUCUCACCCAUCCGCCCAGCGUGCAUCAGGCCUUAGAUGGGGUCAUUCCGUUCAAUUGUAACUCACACGAGCGGGUGUUUCUGAAGAACUUGGUCCAUUGCACCCAAGGAACAAGUGGAGCUCGUUUGGCUCGAUGGCUGCAACCGGAAUCCUACGUAGAUGUAGACCAAUGCAAAGUCCUGAUCAACCCCAACGAACUAAAGUGCAGCUGGCCAACCAUCAUAACCAUCGUCACCCAAGACCAAUACGGCGAGGUUGUCCAUGUUCCCAAUAUGAAAGUCGAGGUCAAGGCUGUGCCUAUUGAUGAAAUGAAUCAGAGUGGGUCAAAGGUUCGUAAGUUGACAGCCCCUGAUUCCAUGACUUUUGGUGGGCAUCGACUACCUAAUCUUGAACACAAAUAUGAAGUAACGGUCAAGGAUAAGAUGUUCUACCAUGCCAUCACCAUCCAAAAGUGCUACGACAACUAUUCGUUUGAAGAGCUCCGCUUUGCCUCUCCCAAACUCCAAAGGCAAUCCGAAAACAUGCUGGUGAGAGCGCAUAAUAAUGGCACGUACUCUGCCAAUUGGGCCCCCGGAAAUGUUGGCAUUUACCGAAUCUACGUGAUUGUGGAUGGAUCCGAAAUGAGUGAACACUUCAAGGCUGACGUGCAAGAACCUCCAAAAGGUAUCAUUCCCCCACCAAAAGGCAUGGGUCCCAAAAAUCCAAGCGAGAUUGACGACAAGAUCUAUCGAUUACGGAAAUUCGUGGCCAAGCCAAGUGCGGGACUUCGGAUUCGAGUUCAUCCCACCCUUCAGUCCGAACAAAUUGGUAUCGUACCUGUGGAUGGAACAGUUUCCAUUGUGGAUGAAUUGCACAACUCCGAUGGUAUUUGGGUGCGGCUCAGCACAGAUUGCUUGGCGGAAAUGGCGCCACAUCAUGUCGAAGGUUGGUGUCUUCAGUACAACCAGCAUCUGGAGAAGACUCUAAUGAUUCCAGUGGCCGAUGUGAAACCCAAGGAUUUGGCAGCCCAAAACCCUCCGCCAAAUGUGUUUACCCCUCAGUUUGUGGAACCAGAGAUGUUUUCACCCGGAUUUACGCCCAAUGAAGCCCUCAUGGGGCGGUUUGAUCGGAAGCGCGAAGUAACCAGAGGUCCGGGCAACUAUACAGUCAUGAAAUGUGGCCCAUCGGGUCACAAUAUUCGAACUCAUCCCAGUCUAUCGGCUUCGCCAAUGGGGAGACUUAAUUUGGGAAGUGUGGUCAAUGUCGUCGAAGUGAAAAGCAACGACCACGGUGAGCUUUGGGUCAGACUCGACUCUGCCUCAGCUGAUCGACAUUCAUUCGUUGCCGAUGGAGGCGAAGCGUGGGCGUUGGCCGUAAGUUCAACGGAUGUCCAAUACUUGGAAAGCGAGGCCGAGAUAGAGGAGACUCGAUUACGUCAUGCGUAUGGAAUGUAUGGCAUCCCGGUGAGUCAACUCCAACCGAUACCCCAGACCAUGGUACAGCAACUUAUGAUCCCAUCGGUCAAGGCUCGACCCCAGAAAUCCCUCGGAACGGGGGUGGUUUCUAGACGAAAAUCAGAGGGGACGAGCGGACCGAGCAGGAACGCUCCAGCUCAAUUAGAGUUGCUGGGUAGUAGCGGGGAUAAUCGACAUUACGAGACCCGAUCCCUGGAAAGACCCACACCUUCACCGAGACCGAGUUUGACAUCGCCAGGAAGACGCCAGUCCAGUCCCUCAUCACCUCGACGAACGCCCUCCCCAGUUGGAGGAGACUCGAGAAAGCCGUCGUUCUUCCAGAAGUUCUUCCGAAACGAAACUGGCCGACGUGGUGCCUCCGCGAGUCCACCAAUCGCGAGGAAGCCCGUGUUUCAUCACGUGAACAAAGACAUCCCACCGGAGCUUCAGGGCGUGUCCGUCAAAGAACUUGUGAAGGUGAUUGGCGAAAGUCGAGCCAACGGGAACGGGGUGACGCCCCCAACUACCCCGAAAACCAAACGGAAGGCCCAUUCGCGCUCCUCUAGUCCCCAAGUGAUUGGAUCGAGUGUGAGUAGUCGCAGUUCAAGUCCAAUUGCUAUUCGAUCGAAUGUAGCGCAUUCCAAGUCGCCGCUGUCUCGGAGCCCUCAGUCUCUGGAUACAAAUUCGCUGGCUUUGGGUCGACAAGACUCAUCUCAAAGUGACACCAGUGCCCUGGUAUCUAGUCUCACGCGUGAUAUCUCCCAAAGUCCAAAUACGAGUAGUCAUGACAGCCCUUUGCUUUCCCUCAAAUCAGAACAUGGGCCUCAGCCCAGACCUGUUGCUCCCCAUACCGAUCUUCAGAGUGGGACGUCAGUCGACCUAUCUGAGGGCUCUGAGGGCGCCCUAUCAAUGGCAUCUGGUCCCAUUGGCAAUAAUUCUCUAAUGACCACAAGUGUUUCCGGUGCUCAAGCUUCGGCCUUGUUCAUGUCUACGACCAGCCUUGAAACCAGUGGAAGCUCAAUUCGAGCGGAUUUGGACCUGCCCCAACACCUCCACAAAUCAGGAGCGAGGAGCAGCUCCCCGCCCCCUGUGUCUCCACGUGUGAAGAAGCGAACCUCUGGCAAGUCCUCCUCAUCCUCCGGUGCUUCAUUCAGUUCCAGAGCACCCCCCACAGUCAGAUAUCAACCAUCUCUAGUGGCUUCCGACACCUUCGUCCUACCUAAAGGUCCCGUGAAAGAGGCGAUGAGCCCCUCAGUGGCUGAGAGUAUAAGAGCUGUGUUUGCGGCAUUUGUCUGGCAUGAAGGCAUCGUCCAUGACACAAUGGCUGUCGCUUCGUACCUCAAAUUCCAUCCCUCAUUGAAGAAAAAUCAACCGGACUCCACGCCAUCGUCCUCGCCCUCUACGGCCACCUUGGGGGCAACUACUAUGAUCAGUCGAAACGAGAGUGGCGAGACUGAGGACAAGAAAGUCAACAAGCAAAGACAUUCGGUGGAAGUACUAUCUACCUCCUAUCUCAAGGCCAAGUCACAAGGGGUGGACCAAUCUGCCAUGAAUGCGAAUACCAACCGAAACAUAACUAUUUUGCAGCAGCAACGGAUCCCGGAAGAAAGUUAUUCCCCUGUCACCAGUCGUGGAGGGACGGAAUCUCACCUCCCGCCAACUUUGAGCCUCUUAGUUGUGAUUUGGGAAGACAUUCGGAGCUACUGCAAGCAUGCCAUCUUUCAGCAAGUCAUCUUGGCCAGUCCCCUGCAUGGUCUACCCUCAAUGUCCUCGACAAUUAGAAGUGGAUUGAAGAAUGACCGUCAUGCCAAGGAUAGAAAAUCAUCCUCGAGCUCCUCUAAUGCCCCUAUGGGAGUGUCAUCCCCAAAUGUGUCCGGCAAACGAAUCAAACGAAAAGUUGGUCAUGAGUUUGUGGAUCAAUAUCCGGGGCCUAAUUUAGGCAUCAUGAGGAAUUAUGGAAAUGAACUCGGUCUCAACUUAGAACCCCAGCAUCAACACCAGUUAAUGCAGCAGCAGCAGCAGCAGCAAGCGCAACAACAGCAGAAAUCCCAACAGCAACAGCAGCAGCAGCAGCAGCAGGCACAAUUGCAACAACCGCAAAAUCAGCAAGUUGGCGCGAUGCGAAUUCCCGACAAAGAGGCGUUCUUCCAGUUGUGUGAAAUGUGCGGCAAAUACUUUCAGCAUCCCGUGACCUACCACAUGAGAACCUCGCACCCCGGUUGCGGAAAUCCCGCCGGGGGAAAAGGUUACAAUUCCGGGGGAAACUAUUGUGGUGGCUGGGCAGGGAACUGUGGUGACGGAGGAGUGGGUGGCUCUAGUUGGUACCUGAUCUGUGAGAAAUGUCGUGAGGAGACCAUGAGCAAAGCCAAUCUCAAACCGAGCAUGUCAGAGCUGGACCCGCCUUUGGCCUUGUCCAGAGCCAGGCUCUCGAGAGCUAAAUCUGCCAAAACGGGCUUCUCUUCACUGUCUUCGAAAUUGGCCUCACCUUCGGGUCAAUUGCAAAGCCAUGUGAUCAUGAAUAACAAUGCCAUGUUCCUGUUGGAUUUGGCCAAUGCCUCGAAUUCAAAUCUUCGGCCAAAGAACGAGCUAUUGGCGACCAAUCUUUCGGGAGUACCGCCUGCAUCUCAAAGUUCGGUGGUCGUGGGUGGAGCUCGAUCCAAAAUCCCCGCUCACACCGUUCAGCCGCAUAUUGAGUUGUCACAUUUCGAUCCGAAUCCAUUUCCAUUGGUCCCAUUCCAGUGUUUCAACGCGCUGGGAGUCCAAGAUAAACAGUUCAAGUCUUUGAAUGACGAACUCCUCGAUCACGAAACUAUGAUCAAGAGCUCAGAGGAGCACGAAAUUCUCCAACACGAAGCCAAGAAAGAUCCUGUUGCCUCAACUUCAUCAGCUCCUCACCAACGACUCUCCACAUUGAAGGAUUCGUUAACUGAGGUCGACGUGGUAGAUCAAAUUUCACCUCCAGCUCAAUUUCAGACCAAACUCAUUGAGGAACCGCAAGGAUCCUCUCGAAGCCCCAGUCCAUCGAAAAGGCCAUUCCAUCGUUCAGUUUCGAUGGGAGGAAAUCAAAGGUAUCUUCAAUCUGCGUCCUCGACAUCGCAAAGGACCAACGUUCCGUUGCGAGAGAAGGAAGAGAACUCCUGGCCCGAAAACGAGAUCCACAAAACAUCAGAGCAAGCAUCACCUCCGAAUCGGAAGAGAAACUCGACAUGCUGUGACACAACCAACCUGGCGUCAGGUAUGUCGGAAACGUCCAACAACUCCGAUUUUCUCUCCCAUCCAUCUCAGGCCCUUCUCCGCUUGUUCGCCGCUCCAUCUUCAGCCGUGGGAAGCAAUUCUUCAACGGUCGGGGCUAAGGCUGCAGGCUCUGCUGUGCUUGGUACAACCACUCCAACCACUGUAGUGGACGUGUUACAAAGGCCCGUCAUGAGCUUCGUAUUACAAUGGAAUGACUUGGAAAGCCUCCAGAUCGCGAUGACCUUGGCUUUGAGAAAAGCCGCUUGUCGGACUUAUGCCAUGCAAGCCCUGAACUGGUUGCUUAGAAGCGUCAGCCAGCCUUCUUGUCUUCACGAUCUUUUGUGGUGCUUCUCAUCUGCCCUUGAAUCGCCAAAUGAACUCACCAACCCCAAUGGACCCCUCGACAAGAGCGGUGCCGGUGUCCUAAAUGGUGCCUCUUCUUUAGGUCCCGCCGCAGUGCCAGAAGACAAAUCGAAGGUAAAGAAGAACAAAAGGAACGCUCUGUUACCUUCAGUCAAGGCCGCCGACAUAUCGCCCUCCAAAGUCAACAAGGCGGCUCCGGUGUUUGCCACCAAACCCAAAGAUCUAUUUUCGUUGAGUGGGCUUUGCGAGCAUCCAACUUCGGACAUAUACAUCGCAGGCGAAGCCAUCCAACCGCUCCCCGAGACGUUUCAUAGUGUUUUGAAGACAGUGUCAGAUCUAAUGAUGGUUCUGCCCCCGGGAUCUCCACUCCAACAAAUUGCCAUUCGAUGUUGGGGCAUUAAAUUCAAGCCAAGUGACCAUCAAUUCCUGCACCAAUCCCAUAUCUUUCCCACCAUUAGUCGCAUGUUGUCUCGACCUCGAGACAUCCCCCACCAUAGAGACGAAGUUCCCUCCACCUCUUGUGCCGCCACGAGCAAAAAUGUGCCUGACUUGUUGUCGGCUUAUAGUGGGCCUUCGUCCUCUAAACUUGUGGAAGGCCAUAAGACACCUUUGGCCUCUCUAACCUUUGCCCUCGACCGAUGCUUCGUGGAGCGAGUCACUGACAUCUCAUCGCAAAUCGAAAUGAAAGUGUCAAGUCGGCAAGCCAUGAUUGGCUCCUUGAAUGACAACUCCACGGAGACGUUCUGGGAAUCAGGUGACGAGGAUCGAAACAAGUCGAAAUGGAUCACCAUGUCCUUGCCCGCGUCUCCACCGGGAGAGAUGGAUCCUGACGACGUUCUAUUGGAUGGUCUUCACUUCCGAAAUGUCUCGAUUCAUAUCGACAAUGGCCGUGAUCUGGCAAAUAAAGUGACCUCACUAACGUUCAAGGCUGGCAAAGCCUUGCACGACCUUCAGACCAUUAAGCAAUGCGAGGUGGAGAGCCGAUUCGCCGGAUGGAUCUCAUGUUUUAUGGAUAAUUCAGACUUCUCGGUGGUGAAAAUUGAGCUUAAAGGGCCUGACAAUACGUUACGAGUCCGGCAAGUACGUGCUCUGGGUAGUGAGCCACGCGACCGAGUGGCUGCCCUCGUGGAUCAGACGCCGGAAAUGUCGUUGAUCCAGAAGAAUAACUGCGAAGUGGAAACUUUACGGAUUUUCCGGCUCAUCACGAGUCAAGUGUUCGGUCGACUCCUGGACGAAAGUGUUCCUGCUCGAGGAACGGGCUUGCUUCCCUCUAGUCACCAUCAAUUUGAAGACGUUUCGCGAAAAAAUGAGACCUUGAGCACACCGACUGUCCCGUCAGACUUUGUUCAUCACCAAAGAGGCGAGACCAAAUCGACCUCGGACACCAUUGGGUCCUCGCCAUCAGCUGGUCCUGGGUCCGGUGCUAUGGGUGCCUCAGGCUCCUUAAUCACUACCACAUCCGGUGCUCCUACUAUGGGUCUCAUGUUCACUCGCUCGAAAUUGACUCAUUUGCAGAAACAAGUCUGCUCCCAUAUCCUACUCGCCAUCAAGAAAGAGACAGCCAAAUUCCGAGCUCAUUGGGAAAGAUCGCUCUGUUCGGGCGGAAAGACGACCCCAUUGGGCGAAGAUCAUUCCACUCUGAAAGACACCUAUUGUUUUGAGAUGCUGUCGAUGGUUUUGUCGCUGAGUUGCAGUGGUUUGGGACGGGGUCAUUUAGCCCAACAGGAUGGCCUCAUCCAAGAUGUAGUUUCCCUACUGCACAUUGGAUCUGCUCGUAUUCAAAAGAUCGUCAUUUCCCUACUCACUCGGUUACUUCCCUGCAUAACACCGCAGAGCUUCGCUCGCGUUCUGGGCAUUCCCAACUUGCCGCCCAAGGACUUUGGCUCAUUGCUGUCAGCCACUCGAGUGCCUUCCUCGUCCCCGGCCGAAGCCUCAUCUUCAUUAAUUUCACCCUCAGAGCAAUCCCCUCCGCCCGUGGUGAACCUCUCCAAGCCUGGGAUCAUUGAUGUGUUCCUAAGCUGCAUCGCCAAAGCCCUCACAUUGCAAGUGAAGACCAAAGGCAAGGAAGGCGGUGGUCUGGGCACAAAAAGUCUCACCACCGUGUCGCUAGCCUCGUGCAUCCAUCCUCGAGGAGAAAAUAUCGGAGAUCGGUGGUGGCUUAGAGGGUCGAUUUCCAAGAAAUUGGCCGAAGAAAUCAUCCUCUUGGUGAAGAACAUGUCCCAGGGCCUUUUAGGAAAUGAAUGGACGGCCAUUACGAAGAGUGCGGUGGCCGAAAACAUCUUGAAUCUGACUCGGUUGGAAGAGCGACAUCGCGACCCCAGUGAAUGUUUGAAAUAUCCGGUGCUGUGGCUGGCCUUAGCUUCACUCUGUGUGCUGGACAAAGACCAUGUGGAUGGGCUCUCCUCGGGAGAGUAUUCCGCGGUCGGUGACAACUCGCCCAGACCCACGUGCCAGAAUCACGACGACGGGGAAACGUUGUCCAUUAUUAAUUGCGACCAUUGCGGCAAUUUGUGUGGUGAUUGCGAUCGGUUCCUGCACCUUCACCGACGGACCAAGGCCCAUCAGCGGCAAGUGUUCAAAGAGGAGGAGGACGCGAUUAAGGUCGAUCUGCACGAAGGCUGUGGUCGGGCCAAAUUGUUCUGGAUCAUGUCUCUCGCUGACUCACUCACCCUCAAGGCUAUGGUCGAGUUUCGAGAGGGUAGUCGUGGGAAUUGUGGCACUUCCGGGGCCUUGGGUGUCGUCGGAUUGGGAACGAGCCGUGGAGGUCCUAUGAGCAAUUUUGCCACUUGCCGUUUUUGUGGACGAGUGAGUUCAUCCGAUUCGCCUGUCAUUGAUAGUCUGUGCACGGACCGCGAGUGCAUCGAGUUCUCGCGCCUUGCUUGUCAAAAGACCUUGAGUUGUGGCCAUUUCUGUGGGGGUAUUGCCGACGAGAGCAAUUGUUUGCCCUGUCUUCAUGGGUGCUCGGGUGAAAAGCUUCGACAAGAUGCGGAUGACAUGUGUAUGAUUUGUUUCACCGAGGCACUCUCGCCCGUGCCUUCCAUCCUGUUGGAGUGUGGCCAUGUGUUCCACUAUCAUUGUUGUGUGACCGUGCUAGAAAAACGAUGGAUCGGACCUCGCAUCACCUUCGGCUUUCGCAAUUGUCCCAUCUGCAAGAGCAAGAUCGAGAAUGAGUCCCUGCGUAAAUUCUUGGAUCCCAUUGACCACCUCUACGACGAUGUGCGGAAAAAGUCCCUCAUGCGCCUGGAAUACGAUGGCUUGACCAAGUGCGAGGCGAUUGCCAAACAUCACAACAACGACCCAGCCAACUACGCCAUUGAACGAUAUGCCUACUACGUGUGCUUCAAGUGUCAAAAGGCCUAUUACGGAGGCGAGGCGCAGUGUGACGCGGAUGCUGGCCAGGGCGAUGACUACAACCCCGAAGAGCUCGUCUGUGGGGGCUGCAGUGACGUGUCUCAGGCUCAAAUGUGUCCCAAGCAUGGCACAGACUACUUGGAGUACAAGUGCCGCUACUGUUGCUCGGUGGCCGUGUUCUUCUGUUUCGGAACCACGCACUUUUGCAAUGCGUGCCACGAUGACUUCAGCCGUGUGGCCAACAUUCCCAAGACGUCGUUGCCGCAAUGCCCCGUGGGCCCGAAAUCCACCAAACUGUCUUUGGAUGAAUGUCCCCUGCAUGUGAAACAUCCGCCUACGGGCGAGGAAUUUGCUCUGGGCUGUGGAUUAUGUCGAAAUGCUCACACAUUCUGAUCUACAUACAUACUUCCAAGUAACAAAAGUAAUGCAGUGUCGACUAGCUUAUGGAACCCCGUUUCACAGAUGACGACGACUCGACUAUCGAGCAAUGUUCGACGUGGGUCAUCCUCACCCUGUUUGACAAUGAUACUAAAGUUAGUCUCUUACCUAUUUUUUUUCUUUUGUCGUACCGGUUAAAAUACAUACAUUAUUAUUAUUA